AUGGAUUCCAAUGCUAUUAUGUAAAAAAUGGCUGUGAUUUUUGAUGAUCCUGAAUAAAAAUUAUUAAAUGAAAUUUCUGAAAUCAAUAAGAAUAGAUAUUAGACUCAAAUGCAAAAGUUAUAAGAAUUAAAAGAAAUAUAAGAAGAAUCUGAUGUUGAAAUUCAAAAAUAAAAAAAAUUGAUUGAGUAAUUAGAAAAAUCUUUAAUUAUUGAAUCAAAUAAAUCAAAAUAAUAUGAUGAAAUUUUAAAAUAAUUUGAGAGUGAAGGUAAAUCUUUAUCAGAUGAAAGUAAAAAAUAUAUUAUUCAAAUUACAUAACUUAGUGAAAAAGUUGAGAAUAUUAAAAAAUAAUAUAUGUAAUAGUCAGAAAAAUAAGAAACUAUGGAAAGAGAAUAAUAGUAAUAAAUUAAAGAUUUAGAGAAUUGGAAUAAGAAUUCAAGAAAUUUAUAAAAUGAAUUAUAAAAGAAAGAUUAGAAAUAGGUUAAAUUACUUGAAGAAUUAGCAUAAGCUAAAAUAUAAUAGUAGGAAGUUAAAUAGAUUGAAUCAAAUGAUGAUUUAUAAAAAUAAUUGGAUAAACUUUUAAAUGACAAUAAAAGACUUUUAAAAUAAAGAUAAGAAGUUGUUGCAGUAUUUAAAAAAUAAGCUAAAAUAAUAGAGAUUUUGAAAAAAUAGAAGCUACAUUUAUAGACAUCUACAACAUUAGAUUUGACAGAAUAAGAUUUUGCUAAGAUAGUUGAUUUUAGUUUAUGA